GGCGAUUCGGAUAAGGGGCCAAUAUGUUAUCAUGUUUUCUCCGUGGUUUGUACUUUCCUGAACAGCACCUCGACAAUUUCUCCCUGCAUGAUGCCAGGAGGACGAGACACUUCGUCGUGUCUCCGUAGGUAAUGAAGCUCGCUUUUCCACCAAAACUCCCAUGUACAUCCGAACAAGCCUGCUCUUCGCAAUUUCUUCAACAUUCACAGACUCAUAAUGUCGGUAAAUGAUUACAAGAAAGCACGAGGUGCUCUGUCUAGCAAAUUGGAUGAAGAAGCAGACAUUAGUAAAAUCGAACUUGUCGACAUCAUUGAGACGGAAGGAAGAUGGGGCUCGAGAUCUACCAUCACGCUCACUGCAGAUAUCCACAAAGCACGGCAAGACAAGGAACGAUUCCAAGAAUACGCUCUGAUUCUCCGUCGUCUGAGAGAUGAAGAUGGCAAACCGCUCGCGACGAGACUCGAAAUACAGUCGCCAAUUAUUCGAGCUGCUAUUCAGGAAGUCUUGGGCGAGUAUCCUACCGUCAAUAUGGAGUCCAAUCCUAUCAUCAUCGAGAGACCUUACGCACCCCUCUACCACUAUCGGAAGGAGCUGCGCGAGUAUGCAAUGCACACGGAUCGGACUAGGGAAGAAAAGGACCACAUGUCUACUCUGAUUCACUUCAUGGACUUAUACCUCCGCAAAGCCGAAAAGACGAAUGAAAAACUCCUGCCCUCGGAACUCACCUCUCAUAACUUAUUGUGGACACUAUAUCGACCUGACGACGUAGUUAUUGCUCGGAGAGACUAUUUUACUGAAGCGUAUGUGAUCGAGUCCUGCUCAGUUGUCGAGUAUCCCCAGGACAACGAGAUGAAAAUGCAUAUUACCCUGGUCUGUCGGUCAUGGGACUACAAUGGUGCGAGAUUUGGCCCUGUCUCUAAGACUAUAAAUCUGAGGGGCUUCAUUGGGAAUAAAAAGAUUUAUGAUCUGGACGUGUAUCCUGUACAGUAUCAUCGAGAGCCCGAUGGUCAAGAUAUCAGACGGAAACUGAUCAACCGAGGCUUAAAAUGGAGGAACAUUGUGGAAGUGGCACAUCGAGAAUAUGAUGCAAUAUGCUGGACUGAUCCUCUUACCCAAGCUGAAGAGGUUCGUCAAAUCGAAGAUCUUGUGCCGGUACAUACUAGUGGACGUAUUAUCCUAGACUAUGCAACACAUCAGCAAGCAAGGCCCCAGCUCGCGACGUUGUUGGCUAGGGGCAGCGCAACAAAAGCGGUGACCAAGGAUGCAAAGGAUGCGAUCCCGGUCAAUCAGGGAGAUGACUUCUUGCUUAAAGUCGACGACAAUUCCAAAUCCAGCAAACGCGCAAGAAGCGAGUAUGACGACAGAUACCUGUCACAUCCCAACGACGCUACAUACAAGAUCACACAUUCACAAGCACUUAUCUGUCCAGCUCGCAUCCGGGGAUUUUCUCUCACCGACAAGAUCUGGGCCUUUUUCCUCGUGGACGAGGUCAAGGAUAUAACGUGGGCGGAAGACUCGUUCACGACCCUUGAACUUGAACCGAGCGUCAAAAAGACCAUCAGUGCUCUUGUUCACUCUCACGGCAAAUCGAACAAAGUACGCGACCAGCAGGCUGACGACGUGAUUUCUGGCAAGGGAAAGGGGCUGGUAUUUUUGUUGACGGGUCCCCCGGGGCUUGGAAAGACAUUGACAGCAGAAAGUAUUGCCGAAAACACACAUCGACCAUUAUACGCCCUCACGUGUGGCGAGCUAGGUACCGACCCAGUCGAAACAGACCAAAUUCUUCGUCGCAUUUUUAUCAGGGCCAAAUCCUGGAAUGCGAUAUUGUUGUUGGACGAAGCCGACGUAUUUUUGGCCAAGAGGGAAAGAAACGACUUGCAAAGGAAUGCAUUUGUGUCUAUCUUCCUGCGCCUCAUCGAAUACUACGCCGGCAUUUUGUUUCUCACGACGAACCGCCUCACUGAAUUCGACGAGGCGUUUCAAAGCCGAAUCCACCUCACCGUUCAUUUCAAGCUGCUCGACGAUGUCAUGCGUGCCGCCAUCUGGAAAAACCUCCUGAGCCGCUUCGACCCGGGUGGUCUGCCCGGGCGGUGGCAUGCACAGAUUCUCGCAAGGCUUGGCCGCGAGUACAGGAUCAACGGGCGGGAGAUCAAGAAUCUGAUAAGGACCGCAGCGGCACUGGCCGAGUUCGAGGGUGUGGCUCUCGAUGAGACCCAUUUCAAGACCGUGUACACGCUCAACACGACGCAGUAUCGUGACGGUCUGGAGGUGUCUACUACUGCGGACCAAGAGAAGACUUCAGAUCGGGGUCAGGGGUGACGUGAGUAACCCAAAAUUGGCGUCAGAGGUGACCCUGGAUGAAAAUACUGGACACCAAGGUCACCGCAGGUGGUAGAGAGUCAAAAGAGCCGCAGGUUUAGACGGAUUGACCUUGGUCGAACGGCGUCGAAGAUCCCUGUGAAAAAGCUCUUCUGUCUGGAUAUGGUAUUCUCGGUACGUGGAAGAUGUACAAUAUGUAUCCCGCUGUUACACUGGGUACGGACUACAUCAGACAGAGAUCAAGACAACUUAUGUACGCCAAGGUCACGGUGCCAUGGACGUUUUGAUGUCAUGUCUACCAAACACAAGAGUUUAAGAUGAAAACAGCCAGUUUUGAAUUGCCAUUACGAUGCUGCUGUUGCAGUUUGAUGAUGAAAUAAGAAGAAAGUUCAUAAAGUCGUCAGUCACCAUUUCCUUUCCCCUUUCCUGGAAAUUGAAACCCGAGACCACAAAACAACA